AUGAUUUUAAGUAUUUGUUAUUUUCAUGAAUUUCCUAAAUCUUCAAAUAAUGAAGUUUUAAUUUCUACGGUAUCAAAUUUUUCCAUUGAAAGUAUUUUAUCCAGACGGGUAUCGGUACCUUCACUACCACCUUUACCGUUAACAAAUGAUUUUGCUGUUGCUGCUGCCGCUGCUGCUACCGUUCCAUGGCCUAGUAUACCACCACACUUCUCAUAUCCUCAUCCCGGUUUUCCCUAUAUCAAUAAUGGUUUUAUUACGUCAUUUCAUCCGUUUCAUUACGGUGGUAAACGAAAACGACGUCAUCGAACAAUUUUUAGCGAAGAACAAUUGCAAAUAUUAGAAAAUGCAUUUCAAGGAACCCAUUAUCCGGAUGUAAUGUUACGUGAAAAACUUGCCGUACAAUGUGACCUCAAAGAAGAACGGGUAGAGGUAUGGUUUAAGAAUCGUCGUGCAAAAGAUCGUAAGCAAAAGCGUGAAAGUGAUACAAAAGAUGGUACAGGACAAAAAAUGAGCGCAUCUGACGAAUCAGAUUACGAGGUAUCUGAUGAUGAUGAUGAUUGUACCAAAGUUAAAAAGCAUCGUCUAUCAACCAACAAUGACACAACAAAUAACAACACUAGUAAUGACAAGGUGACGGAAAUCAAAAAAGAACCCAAAAGUACUAUUUAGCCUUUUUUUUUGUUUGUCAAUCAUUAAAAAAACGAAUUUUGAA